GUGCUGCGUUCAGGAACAGUCAGACUUCCACAGAUUUGGCUUGAAAAGAAAAGUAUUUCAGGUGGAUAUUAAGAAAUAGAAAUGCUUAAACAAAUCUUUAAAACACGUCAGCAAAGCUUAUUUUAGGUUAAAGUGUGGCACGUGACAGAAUAGUGUAAAAAGGGAAUGAUGUUUUUGGAGAAAAGGGAGAGAAACUCUGUCUUUCCUGAAAACCUGAUUCCUGAAAACUCACCUGAUGCAGGUGGGGUUGUUGGGAUUCCGACUUUUCUCCGGUCAGUAAAGGCAGCACAGUCGGACUCUGAACUUUAGACAAACAAACAGACUGAAAGAAAAACGGACCCGUCAUUUUCACGGCAGGUGAUCCGCUCCGAGACGUUUCCCAGAAUUCCCAGCGGGAUCAGGCUCUCAUCAUGGCGUCCACGUCUGUCACCACCAUCGGUGAGCUCAUGGUCAUCACUCAAGUCAUUCCUCGGGAUGCCUCCUCCAUUUCUCUCCAGACUCCGGGAAACACUGAACAACAGGCUCCUCCCCCUGAAGUGAAGGCUCCUCCCACCUCCUUCAAGGCCGCUAUCAAGAAGGACACAUUUGCGCGCAGGGAGCCUCAAGGCCUCGGGGUCGUCCAGAUCUUCAUCGGUCUGCUGUCCGUCCUCUUCAGCCUGACCCCCCUCCUCUCCCCGCUCCUGAUCCACUACGCCCCGUUUGGCGUUGGUCUGUUUUUCGUGGUCUCCGGCUCUCUGGCCGUGGCAUCAGGACGGCGGCCGUCAGUCAGACUGGCCAGGGCGUCUCUGCUGACCAACUCCUUUAGCGCCCUGCUCGGCCUCGCCGGGGCGAUCUACGACUGCUUCCUGCUGACCGCCGUUCCUUCGGUCUUGUCCUGCGGUGACCCGUCCCAAACGGGUCCCCAAAGCGGGGACGAGUGGACCCGCAGGUGCCUCAGCUACCACAGGACGCUGGAUUCGGUUCUGUACGGAAUUCUGGGCGUGGUCCUGGUUCUGCUGGUCCUGCAGGUCUGCGUCUGCGUCACCGUCUGCGUUCUCGCUGGACGAGCCAUCAGACGCCACAAGCUCUCCAUCACGGCGGAGCCUAACGGGGACGCCGCUUUGCUGAUACCCGACGGAUCUGAGCCCUACGGCGCCCCCACCCACUCAGCCUGAGAGGCCCUGAGCCCCCCCUCUGUGUUGUGUCAUUUAACUGUGUUUUGCAAUGCUUUCUGGGUAAUUUAGAUCCAGCUGGGUUGUGUCUAAAGCUUGACACAUUGGAACUCAGACUCUUCUGAAGGUUUUCCAUCAGGAAAAGGUUUGAACCCCAAGAGACGAGACCCUGGGAGGGUUUUGGAGAAGAUCAGAGGGUCAAACGUUUUCCUCGUCCAUCUGCUGUGAAGAAGAACCGUCAGCAGGAAAUGCUGGAACCUCCUCGGUUCUGACGCUUCGUUAUUCCUCUCAUCCAUCACCUGCCCUCCUGCGCUCUGUGGGGGGGUUGGGGGGGGGACCAUCCAUGUAGACCUCCUCUGCGUGUCUGGAUUUCUCCUCUGGCCUCCAUGUUUGAGGUCCAAACUCGUCACUAACUUGUUUCUGUGAUUAAAUCCACUACAAAGCACA